AUGGAGGGGCCUGAAUGGGAGUCGCUGGAGCAGUGCUUGGAGAAGUACCUGCCACCCGCAGACUUGAGGGAGGUGAAACGCAUUCUCUAUGGCAAGGAAACCAGGAAGCUCGAUCUGCCUGGAAGGCCUUUUGAAGCUGCCUCUGAAGGGGACUUUGAGCUGCAGGGAUAUGCCUUUGAGGCGUCAAAGGAACAGCUGAGGCCACCUCGGACCGUGCGCGUGGGACUUGUUCAGAACCGAACUCCCCUGCCUGCCGAUGCCCCUGUGGCAAAACAGGUCACUGCCCUUCACAGACGCAUAGAAGCCAUAGCAGAAGUGGCUGCCAUGUGUGGAGUGAACAUCAUCUGUUUCCAGGAAGCAUGGACUAUGCCAUUUGCUUUCUGUACGAGAGAGAAGCUCCCUUGGACAGAAUUUGCUGAGUCAGCAGAGGACGGACCCACCACCAAAUUCUGUCAGAAGCUGGCAAAGAAGCAUGACAUGGUGGUGGUAUCCCCCAUCCUGGAACGAGACAGUGAGCAUGGGGACAUUUUGUGGAACACAGCUGUGGUGAUCUCCAAUUCUGGAGCCGUCCUGGGGAAGACCAGGAAAAACCACAUCCCCAGAGUGGGCGACUUCAAUGAGUCAACUUACUACAUGGAGGGAAACCUCGGACACCCUGUGUUCCAGACUCAGUUCGGGAGGAUUGCGGUGAACAUUUGCUAUGGGCGGCACCACCCUCUCAACUGGCUCAUGUACAGCAUCAAUGGGGCUGAGAUCAUCUUCAACCCCUCAGCCACCAUCGGAUCACUCAGUGAGUCCCUGUGGCCAGUUGAGGCCAGAAAUGCAGCCAUUGCAAAUCACUGCUUUACCUGCGCUAUCAACCGCGUGGGCCAGGAGCACUUCCCAAAUGAGUUUACCUCUGGAGAUGGGAAGAAAGCUCACCAGGACUUCGGCUACUUUUAUGGCUCAAGCUACGUGGCAGCCCCUGACAGCAGCCGCACCCCCGGGCUCUCCCGCAACCGGGAUGGGCUGCUGGUUGCGGAGCUCGACCUGAACCUCUGCCGGCAGGUGAAUGACAUCUGGAAUUUCAAGAUGACCGGCAGAUAUGAGAUGUACGCUCGGGAGCUUGCCGAAGCCAUCAAACCUAACUACAGCCCCAAUAUUGUGAAAGAGUAGCUGGAUGUUAGCCCCUGCCUACCAAGGAGGACACCUCUGCCCCUAGCAGAUCAUCAAGUACAGUAGGCUUUUAUACUUCCAAGUUCUCCCUGAUGAUGCCCUGAUAACAUUGCUGUCCAGAUGGGUUUAAAAAUGCCCAGGCAGGGAGGGUAGAUUGAAGAGUGACUGCUUAAUGAGUAUGAGGCUUCCUUCCUGGGUGAUGAAAUGUUUUGGGGCUACACAGAGGUGAUGGUUACACAACAUCAUGAGUGUACUAAAUGCCACUGAAUUGUAUACUUUAAAAUGAUUAAUUCUGUGUUAUAUGAAUUUAACCUAAUUUGAAAAAAUCCCAGGCAUUGAUUGUGCAGGUUGAUUUGCAGUUAGACACAUGGGAUACCCUAGUCCUAAGGUUCGUCAUUUCCUCUGUUUAGACUGCUGGCAACCUGAGGGUCAAAGUGGGAGUUUAUGUCCAAGUGAGAGAAGCCGAGGCUGAUUCAGAGUUCUUGAGCUACUGGGUGGCUGUGGGCAGUCAUUAGAUGUGUCUACUUGGCCAGGCUGCUGUCUCCAGUUAUUCAAUCAGACACUAAUCUGGUGUUGCUGUGAAGGUAUCUUGUUGAUGUGAUUAAAGUCUAUAACCAGUUAACUAAGCAAGUGAGAUUAUCCUAAAUAAUCCUGAUAGGACUGAUUCAGUCAGUCAGAAGGCCUUCAGAGGAGAGCUGAGGCUUCUCCGAUGAAAAAGAAAUUUCUGCCUGUGGACAGCAGCUCCCCCUCCCCCCCUCCCCAGGCCUGUUUGAGUACUUCCUGACAGCCUGCCUUACAGAUUUCAGACUUGUCUGUCCAGCCCCCACAAUCACGAACUCAAAGCUUUGCAAUAAAUAUCUUUCAAUAUAUAUGCUACUA